GUUACCCAACUUACAUGGUUCCAAGCCACCUAGUGUUUACUCGAAAUCACAAUUACACACGAGUUUUGGUUCUUUUUCGCUGUGGGCAUCCAAGAUGGUUUACAAAAAGUUUGUUCACAUCGGUGGGGUGGUAUUCAUAGUACUCGGACCACAUUCAGGAAAACUUGCAACUGUUGUUAAUGUUGUAGAUCAAAACAGGCUUCUGGUUGAUGGACCAUGCAGUGAUGUCCCAAGAGUUAUUGUUAACUUGAAGCAAUGUCAUCUAACCAAGUUCUCAAUUCCUAUUGCUGUCGGAGCCAGAACUGGUGUCGUCAAAAGGAGAUGGGAAAAAGAAAGCAUCAAUGAAAAAUGGGCCGAAACUGCAUGGGCAAAGAAGAUACAGGCUAAAGCUGUGAGGAAGAAUCUUACAGACUUUGACAGAUUCAAGUUGAUGAAGCUGAAAAGGAAGAGAAACCUGAUCAUCAACGCUGAAUUGAAGAAGAUGGGAAGGCAGGCUAAAAAAAAUUAGGAGGGAAUAAAUAUAUUGACAUGAAA